AUGAAUAGAUUUGGGGGUGUGAAGUUCUUUCUGAAAGGUUUGCCAUUCCUGUCGAUUAUUGCCGGAGGUACUGUUGGUCUGUACUUCGUACAACAAGUUAGAUUCGACUUCCGUAAAUCGAAACGUAUCGAAACAAAUUGCGAGUUAUUGAAAGAAGAUCUCAGUGGUCUUGGUAUUCNAGUGAAGAAAAACGUUUCAAUCGACAGUGUUCUAAAGGAAGUCGAGGAAUUAGACACGGAGCAUUGGGAAAACAUUCGUGGACCACGUGAAUUUGAGGAUAAUUCUGAAUUCCUCGAAGCUAAGAGAAAACGUGAAGAAAGUCUUGCGAAACGUAGAAGAACGGUACUGAAAGGCGGAGAGGAACUCGCGCAUCGUGUCCGGUCAUCUGGCGACAAUUCAGACAUCCCACCCCCGCCUCCGAGUGCACCAAAUACGAGCACAAUCGCAGUUCACGGUAGCGACCGAGCUCCGUCCACUGUAGCGUCUUUUUCGAACAUCGAACCUCAGCUGUCCUCAUCGAGUGCCACUGGCCUAAAUUCAGUAACAGAUCCAUCGAUCAAUAGCGACAAUCGUCAUCAGUCGCGUCCGCAAGCACACUCCUCUGAAUUGUCAGCAAAUUCAACUCUAGGCACAGAUCAUCCAGCAACCAUCUCAGACCCGAACACCCAUACGACUCCGUCAUCUUCAACAGCAACCAGCACUCUACUCGCCAGUGCUCCUUCAUCCCAUUUCUCCACAAGCAAUAAUCCGUCUCUUCCAGAUUUCAUAGAUCCAACUUCACUUACCGUCAAUUUAUCGUCUAAUUCAUGUANUUUUAUUGUCAUUGGCGUUGUAACGUUUUUAGUAACUUCAAAUCCCACAGACCCGAUACCGCCAGCCCAAAGGGCGAUUCAAGUGCCAUCAUCGAGUAGUGCCACUCAUCCAGCUGAUCCAGAAAUCAAAGAAGAAGAUCUUGUUGAUCCGAUUGUACUUCGUCAAAUUGUUGAACUUGGCUUCGAAGAAUCUAUCGCUAUAUUAGCGUUAUUCAAAACAAAAGGUGUGGGAGGAACAGAAGCAGCUGUUAACUGGAUUCUAGAGCAUAGUAACGAAAGCGAUUUUGAAUCUGAAAACGGAGAAGAAUUGGACGAUAUGGGAGGUGCGCAAUCGUCAUUAGCUGCAGUCUGUCAGCCACAUAAAAUGGUCUUCGUCGUUAAUAUGAGUCUGAAAAUGGGCAAUGGUAAAAUGGCUGCGCAAGUUGGACAUGCCACACUUGGCGUUUAUCGAUGUGCGCAGAAAAGUGAAGAGGGUCUAUUUGUUUAUGUGGUGUCUGAUGCGGGUCGAACGCAGAUACCAGCAGGUUCGCGAACCGUUCUGGGUGUAUUCGGACCUUCUGAAACUGUCGAUACAGUAACUGGAAAUCUGAAGUUACUUUAA